ACCUCCAUUGCUAUGACUUCUAUUAAACCUUUCCAGGCGACUGAUAUCUUUGAAUUGAACCCAAUAAAUCUCGAUCCGUUGACGGAAAACUUCCAACCGGCCUUCUAUCUCCAGUAUCUCACGGAGUGGCCGUCCUUGUUCUUCAAAUCCACCGAGAUCACGGCACCAGCGGCUGCUCCCACCGAUGUCUGCUCGGGUUACAUGAUGGGCAAGACCGAAGGCUCAGGAAUCAACUGGCAUACUCACAUCACAGCAGUGACCGUGAACUCGCAUUAUCGGCGCUUGGGUCUCGCAUCGUACUUGUGUCUCUACUUGCAAGAGUCCACGUCGGUGGAACCCCACAAUGCGUACUUCGUGGACUUGUUUGUGCGUGUGACGAACAAGUUGGCCAUCAAUCUAUAUGAGAAACUCGGUUACAGCAUCUACCGGCGUGUGGUGGGGUACUACGGCUCGAGCUAUCCGUCUGAUAGGAACAAGUUGGACGACGCGAGCGACGGGUUUGAUAUGCGGUUGAGCUUGCCGAGAGACGUGAAAAAGGAAACGGUGCGGGAGAAUGGGCAUAAGGUGUAUGUGUUGCCGGAUGAGGUCAAGUUUUAGGCAUCAGGCCCAGCAUUGGGGGCUGGGAAGAGAGACCAUACGACAUGAAGAGUUUUAUGAGGAAAUACGGAUAUUGUUAUUAUGAUGAUUGGUCCAAUUCAACGUCUUUUAUGUCUGUGCUUCAAUCCAGUUUCGCUUGAGCAUGACUCGGUUGAAGUAGCGGGCGUCUUUUAGCUUGGACUCCACUUUCGGUACGAGGGAAGGGUUGCAGUCUCUAAAAAGUACCUCAUCCCAAACACAAAAUGCCCUUGUGGUAAUUUUUGGAGAGGCAAUACAUUUAUAUACUGUAAUUUCCUUGUAGUUUCUUUAUAAUUUCCUACGC